GUGCAAAAAUAUCUGGUAUUCAUGUAUUUGGUUUUAAUGUUCUAGACAUAGAAAAAGAAUAUAAAAGAAAAAAUCAAUCAUCUUAUUUUAAACUAUUUAAUACAUUGGGCGAAUCUAUAAAAGAGAAACAUUUUUGUGCAUUCUCUACAUAUUUAAGUGAAGCUUUUCAAAAUAAGAUUCCAAACUUUUUUAAUUCAAUUGAUCAACCAAUUCUCCAAGAAAUUCGAUUUCAUAUUCAAGAUAAGGAUUACUUGGCCAAAUUUAAUAAUAAAAAAAAUAGUUGUCUUAAUGCAUUUGUAAAAGCUAUUGACCAAGGCCCAAUUUUUCAGGAUGCUUAUCAAGAUUUAGCUACACUUCAACCAGAAUUGCUACAAGAUCACAAUAAUAUAUCUCUUAUAAUCACCAAUGAAAUUUCUCAUAUUAAUAAUCAAGAAAUAAAAGAAGAAAUAUUACACUACAUUGGAAAAGCCAGUUAUAGAUGA